UUUAUUGUGGUGUCACUCCACGCUCCUCUCGUCUCCUACUCGUAUCACUUCCCCGACUCCGUCCCUCCAUGGCUAUCACCGUCGUCUCUUCCAUCGCUUUUGCCCUCCCAAUCAGAUGCCAUGUUCGCCAGACCAAAAUCUUCGGCGCGUCGCUUUCCCGUCCCGUUCCUCGCGCCGCCGCCCGCCCCGCUCGCCUCGGUUUCAGACCGGGAAAUGCUCCAAACUUUGAUUUGAACCGCUGGGUGGCAACAGUGUUUGCUUCAGAUAGUUCUAACACAAAACCUACUGCCAAUGAGAAAGUUGAUAGCAGCUCAAAUGUUGGAGAUGGCCCUCCACUGCCUACCAUCUUGGCUGGUGUGGUUGUCUUCCUGCUCUUCUGUUGGGCUGUUGGUUCCAUUGUCCUGUGGCUUGUUGGUCUAAUUGUGAAUCCACCUUCCUCCUAAGAUUAGUUCUCAUUUCUCUCCCUGCAACUUUAUGUAACAUGUAUUACUUAUGGAUCUUGUAUUAUUACUUCACUAGGUGAGACACCAGAGCCAG